GGAGCUCGGGACUCUUUUCUCUCACACAGACCGCGGGGGAGCGGGGGAAUCAUGUCGACCCCGGCCAGGAGGAGGCUCAUGCGGGACUUCAAGCGCUUUCCGUGAUCUUGGGCAAGAUAUUUAAUUCUCUGGGCCUCAGUUUUCUCACCAUCAGUUGAAGGGAUGACAUCUGAAGCCAGUCGCUUCUAGCCCUAAAUAAUAUGGUCCAGUGAUCAGAAUUACCUUGGCAGUUGAGCUGUUCAGUUAAUGCUACAUGAUUGCAAGAAGACCCACCUGUGGGUGUCAGCGGCGCACCAUCUGAAAACAACAUCAUGCAGUGGAAUGCAGUUAUAUUUGGGCCAGAAGGCACACCCUUUGAGGAUGGUACCUUUAAACUAGUAAUAGAAUUCUCAGAAGAAUAUCCGAAUAAACCUCCCACUGUUAGGUUCUUAUCAAAGAUGUUUCAUCCAAAUGUCUAUGCCGAUGGUAGCAUAUGUUUAGAUAUCCUCCAGAAUCGUUGGAGUCCAACGUAUGAUGUGUCCUCUAUUUUAACAUCAAUUCAGUCUCUGCUGGAUGAACCUAAUCCCAACAGUCCUGCCAAUAGCCAGGCAGCGCAGCUUUAUCAGGAAAACAAACGAGAAUAUGAGAAAAGAGUUUCAGCUAUUGUUGAACAAAGCUGGAAUGAUUCAUAAUAGACAACUGCUCUGUUCAUCCUCAUCAUCAUUGUUGUGUAUAAUUUACCUCUCAGUAGAAAGGCUACCAGAAAUUUUAAGUGCCACAGGUUUUAAGGAUUUGCAUACCUAAUGUGUCUGCAAAAAAGAAAAAAAAGCCCUUCAGUUUAGAACCUUUAAAAGCUUGUGUAUCUUGAUUAAUGUACUUUUUAUUGCAUGGUAUGAACUAAGUUAUUGCUACAUAAAUUUGUAAUAUAUCCUGUUUGUAUUUUUUUUCCAAGUGUAUAAUGUUGGUGUGAAGUUUUCAUGACAGAAUAUACACAUUUUGUAAAUCUGUACUUUUUUCAAAUAUUGAAUGCCUUAUUUUUGAAUUCUUUAGAUUUUUAAAUUGGAGAAAAGCACUUAAAAGUUUUUUAUAUAUAAAUAUUACAUGUAAAACUGUUAAAUACAUAACUUCAGUGCAAGAGACUUUGUCACUUAUUUCCUUAUCUGACUAGGAGGGAUUGAUGCAUAAGUAUCUCUCUCCAGUCAUUUGUAUUUGUUUUAUCUCUCCAAUUUCAGGGGAAUAAUAGCAUCCUCUCAAUAGUUUGUCAGGAAAUAUAAGUUAGAUGUGUGCUUCUUUAACUGAAUAUCCAUAGUAAUUUCAUACACCAGUUCUGAAUAUGCAUAUUAAUUACUCUUAAUAGAGUAAUUGCUAUACAGAGCUAUUUGAUUUCAUUUUGAUGCUUAAUUAUUGAAGGAUCGAUCACUUGCCUCUUUAGGUCAUUUCAUUAAUUACUCUAGGAGAUUGGGUAAACUCUUGAUCUCACUAAUCAAUUUUGGUGGGAAAUUGAAACUGUUGGCAUGAAUUUUUUAAAAAUUAUGAAUUUACUUCCUAGUAGAAUGAUAAAUCAAGAACCAGAUUUUUUCUUUCAUCAAGGCAAAGUUUUGGAAAGGAAUUGCUUUUUAGCUUAUUUAAUGCCAGCCUUUAAUGUAGAUCUAUAUUUCUUUCUCCUCCAAAACCAUACGUACUUCAGGGUCUUCUAAAUUGCUCUCGUGGGGAGAAAAAAAAUCCCCCAUAUUGUACAAAAGCUAAUUGCACAUGAAGUUUGCACGGUCAUUACAAGGCAACAGUGCUUCAGAAAGCUAAUGCUAAGAUGUUUAAGGAUAAAUGGGAAACGGCUUUCCAUAUGAUGAACUUGAGAGUUCUUAAUUUCCUGUCCAUCUCCCAAAAAUAAGAUAUUGAAAAUUAGUCUCCUGGUGUUUAUGGUAGGUCUGUGCCUUUAUAAGCACCUGUGGCAGUAACCUUAAGUGUGUUUUUCAUCGUAUCCAUCCAGGUCACUUGAGGAGUGUGUAUAUCAUUGCAGUGGCACACACUCGUAGGGAAACAACAGCUCCCUCACAGAUAGGAGCUGGGUGGAUGAUGUAGCACCCAGAAUGAACUCUAAAGAAAUUGUAAUAGUAGGACAAAUAACUCCGGGCAUUUCCCUUUAAGGAUUAAUUCAUGUAUUGCUGAAACUAUGAGGUAUAAUUUAAAGGGGGACAUGUUAAGAGUUUUACGAACUGCUGGUUGGAAACUAUUCACUGAUGAAAAUACUGAUAGCAUCAAUAAGAGACUUUUUAUUUAGAAGUGCUUUGAUAUAAGUGGCUAAUGCUUUUACAAUUACCAAGUAUUUGUGUACUUUCUGAAUAUAUGUAAUUUGAAAGAUUGAACAUCUAGUAGUUUGUGACAAUAGAGAGGUGUGAGGUGUGUCCAUUUUGACAUGUUCAUGAAUACUAUUGGAUAAUCAGAAAAAAAAGCUACUAUUGGAUAAUCUCUCCAAAUCAGUUUAAUCCUCAUGUGACCUAUCUUCCUUUCCUAGUUGAAACCCAGAGUAUGUCAGAAUUGAUGGAAAAUUAUAAAUUUAAACUGUUCAAUCUAAACCUUCAGAAAUUGGGUUCUAUAAUUUUGUUAUUGUUUGUUGUUAAAUAGAAUUAUUUUGUGGGAAAACUUCAGACACUUGUGAAUACAGUCAAAAGCAAACUGA